AGUUCGAUCUGGCCAGAACAAUCCCCGAUCGAGCGCUUCAGUCGGUGUGUACGAGAACGGAGGCAAAGAUGACGACCGAACCGGUGACGCUCAUCGGCGCUUUCGGCAGCCCGUUCGUGCACCGCGUCGAGGUGGCCCUGCGCCUCAAAGGAGUCCCCUACGAGCUCAUCCUGGAGGACAUGAGCAACAAGAGCGAGCUGCUCCUGAAGCACAACCCCGUGCACAAGAAGGUGCCCGUCCUCCUCCACGGCGACAGGGCCGUCUCCGAGUCGCUCGUCAUCGUCGAGUACGUCGACGAGGCCUUCGACGGGCCGCCCCUCCUGCCGGCCGACCCCUACGAGAGAGCCCUGACGCGCUUCUGGGCUCACUUCCUGGAGGAGAAGUGCCUACAGCCGCUCCGGGCGGCGCUGUUCGCGGACGGCGAGGUGCAGCAGGUGGCAAUGAAAGAGGCGAGGGAGAGCCUUGCAGUAGUGGAGGAGCAGCUCAGGGGGAAGAGGUUCAUGGGAGGAGAAGCCAUCGGCCUCGCGGACAUAGCCGCCGGCGGCCUGCUGGGGCACUGGCUUGGUGUGCUCGAGGAGGUCGCCGGAGUGCGUGUCCUCAGCGAUGAGGAGGAAUACCCGGCUCUGCGCCGGUGGGCGGCGGAGUACAGCUCCAGUGAAGCGGUGAAGGAGUGCCUGCCGGACAGGGCCCGGCUUCUCUCCUACUUCGGCGCCAUCAGGGAGAAGUGCGUCUUGGUGGCCAACUCGACGCUGCCCAAAUAAACAUUGAGCUCAUCAUCAUCGUCAUCUAGUAAUGCUUUAGCAUGUUUGGUUGCCCGUCACCGUCACCGCCUGCCACCUCCCCGCCCCACCCCGCCGGCCACCUCCUCCCGCCUCCCCCGGCGGCUCCCUGGCUCCCCGCCGGCCCCGCGCGCCUCCCCGCCGCCCCGCCGUGCUAGAUCUGCUGUGGGGAGAGAAGAGAGGAAGGAGAGAGGAGUGGAAGUCCUCUCUGUGCCGCUCUGUGCUGUACUGCUGUGCCGCUGUGCGCUGUACUUAAAAAAUCUCUUAAGACCCGUUAGGUUACUUUUGCUUAUUUUUAA